UAAUGUGAAACGAAACUUAGGGAUAAGCAGUGGGAAUGGAGAAGUGAAACUAUACAUUCAACCCUCCCCCUGUUUUUAGCAGGACCUUAAAAGGAGUGCGAUUUGUGUUGCAGACUUCAAACCCGGGGAUACAUUUGAGGACGACACUUUAUAACCAGUGUAAAGAAGAGUCCUUCAGUGGUGGCUGGAAAUGCUCUCACGCCAGAAUGUGCACACUCUGUGGCUUCUGCUACUUAUCCAUGUCUCUGGAAGUUUUUCUACCAAAUUUAACCUGUUCAAAGCAGUGCAUGAAUGGCAGGAAGGUGACGUGAGGCUGUCUGGCUCUACGAGCCUUUCAGAGGGUCGUGUGGAGGUCUACCAUGAUGGCAAAUGGGGAACAGUGUGUGAUGAUGGUUGGGACAUGGCUGAGGCCCAGGUGGUGUGUCGUCAGCUCCGCUUCCCUGGAGCAAAAUCUGUUGUCUUUGGGAAGGACUAUGGAGAAGCACCUGGACCAGUUUGGCUGGAUGAUAUCAAUUGUGAAGGUACAGAGAACCAUCUGUUUGCCUGUGGUUUCAAAAGCUGGGGAGUGACUGACUGCACCCACAAGGAGGAUGUUGGAGUAAUUUGUGAAACAGCAAGCAAUAACGUGACCAUCAGUGAUUCCACACACUUGUUGGACCACACUUUCAGUCUGUCUGAUGACCUUGGCCAAAUGUUUGACAGUGGAAAUGGCUGUGACCUUCAGAUCUUAGUCAGGAGUGCCAAUGGAAACAGACAGGAGGAUGGGACACUGGAGGUGUCGAUCUGUGCACACAAACUGAUCCUUUCACAAUUCCCACUCUUUAAUGCUCCAGAAGUGAAUACUAGCAUCACUGUCAACAUCAGCCAGUCCUGUCAACCAUAUUUCUCUUCCUUCAUCAGGUACAUUUAUACCCGCAAGAUAGAUGUGACCUUCUCUUCUGUGCAGUGCCUCCAUUGGAUGGCUUCUAAGUUUGGGGUGAAGCAGCUGAUGGAGGACACAGGUCGGCUGUUCUCUAAAGUCCUUCCAGAGGAUGCUUCGUUUCUGACUCAGUUGUCUAUUUACAAAUAUGCAGAGGAAACUGGGGACUUGGUUCUCCAGGAGAACUGUAUCCAGUAUGUGGCCUGGAACUACCAAAACCUUACCGGCUCUCCAGCUUGGGCCAAACUCUCUGUGGAGUUCAUUGGAGCCCUUCUAGCCCGCUCAGACCUAGUAGUGCCAGAUGAGUAUUUUCUGCUCCAGACUGUAGAAAGCUGGAUCACAGACAAGGGCAACUCCAUCAGUUUGGAAACCCAGGCUGACCUGUUGAAUCGCAUUCGUUUCCCUAUGAUCCCUGCAGAGAAACUGUACGAGCUUGAGUCCAACUCUUCUCUUUACAGCACUCAUAAGCAAAUAUAUGAUGAGAACAUGUUGAAAGCAUUCCAGUUUAAUGUUCUGCUCUUCAGCAAUCUUCUGUCCAACCCAAACUUCAACAAAGAUGAUGAUGAUUACCAGCCCAGGAUCUAUACCGCUACACCAUGGAGCACUGUUAUUGGCUCUUUGAAUACUUCACUCAAAUCAGUCCAGACCCAAUAUAGAUCCUCAUACAACCAAAGAAUGCAGUACGGCUCUGCAUAUCGAAAUUAUUAUCCCACUGUCAGUCCUUACAGUCAAACCACAACCAAAACCUUCAGCACCCCUGUCCACAACAGCCUGAUUUUCAAAGACAACAAGAUUAACUGGGAGGCAAAUGUCUUCAAGAGUCAAUAUGAAUGUUCAAACCGUGGAGUGCACUGCAGGUCACUUCCCAUGGCAAGGCUGAUUCCCCGCAACCAACUCCCUCAGCAGAGCAACAUCCUCUUUCGUAACCGGCUCCUGCUGUUGUGCCAGGGCAAGUACAUCUGUCAGGUUCAGGACUUCAAGCUCAACCUGGCUCACAUCAUUGAGAAUGGCACCCAGUUUCUUUCCUAUCCCUGUCCUGAUGACCAGUACACCUACCGCUUUGUAGUGAGGCCAGAGUAUGUCUGAAUUUGAUUAUUUCUCAAACCUGAUUAGUUUUUUAGGUUGUUAUUCAACAAAUUGCAAUUAUCUAUGUUGAUUAGUAUCACCUGGCAGUGUUUAAUUGAUAUCAUAGCAAUCAUAUCCUCACCUGCUUUUGUUUCAAAUAAAAAAUAAAUAAAGUGAUUUCUGGAUCUUG